GGUGUGGCAGCCAUAUUUUGGAGUCGAAGUAGGGGGUCAUGGGGAUAACUGAAUGACGAAAAUGAAGCGACCCCAUUAACAAGAUAAAAAACUUCGUGUAAUCGGUGCUGCCAUUGGUGAUAUUUUUAUAGGCUGUAAAAGAUACCAUGGAUCCCAUUCACAGAAGUGAUACCCUCCGAGAUGGCAGUCUUAGAAUUCUCCAUAGUUUCAUAACAUGUGUUAAUCCACAAUCUGUGAUGCUGUAAUGCCUCCCAAUGUCUGAGGCAGUGGCAAAAUUGGAGACACGGCAGGACUCCGGGAACUUGUGUUCUCAAGUUGUGACAGGAGAGGCCCGUUUACGUCAACUUGAAGCACUGUUCCUUGGUGGUCCUGUGCAGGGACAGGGCCAAUGCUUCAGUAUAGAAACUUUGCUGGAUGUACUUCUGGUGCUGUAUGAUGAGUGUUGCAAUUCUUCUCUUAGAAGAGAGAAAACAGUAUCUGAUUUCAUCGAAUUUGUUAAACCUGUCGCAACAAAUUUGAAGGCAUUGCGCCUUUCACGUGAUGAUUUUGAGAUUAUUAAAGUAAUUGGAAGAGGAGCCUUUGGAGAAGUUUGUGUUGUAAAAAUGAAGGGUUCAGAGAAAGUGUUUGCAAUGAAGAUUUUGAAUAAAUGGGAGAUGUUGAAAAGGGCAGAAACAGCCUGCUUCAAAGAAGAAAGGGAUGUUCUGGUGUUUGGAGAUAGAAGAUGGAUCACGAAUCUUCAUUAUGCAUUUCAAGAUGAAUCAAAUUUAUACUUAGUAAUGGAUUAUUACUGUGGUGGUGAUCUGCUCACAUUACUUAGUAAAUUUGAGGACCGUUUGCCUGAAGACAUGGCUAAGUUUUAUAUUGCAGAAAUGGUUCUUGCCAUAGGAUCUAUUCAUGAUCUAAGAUAUGUUCAUCGAGAUAUAAAACCAGAUAAUGUUUUACUUGAUGCUAAUGGACACAUUAGGUUAGCUGAUUUUGGAUCAUGCUUAAAAUUGUUUGAGGAUGGAACAGUACAAAGCAAUGUUGCUGUUGGAACUCCUGAUUAUAUUUCACCAGAAAUUCUUCGGGCUAUGGAAGAUGGACAGGGAAGGUAUGGUCCUGAAUGUGAUUGGUGGUCGCUUGGUGUUUGUAUGUAUGAAAUGUUGUAUGGUGAGACCCCAUUUUAUGCGGAAUCACUUGUGGAGACGUAUGGGAAGAUAAUGAAUCAUAAGAACUGCUUUGACUUCCCAACAGAUAUGGGUCUGGAAGUCUCUGAAGAAGCCAAAGAUCUGAUGAAAAGACUUAUUUGUAGUUCAGAAUUUAGGUUAGGUCAACAUGGAAUUGAAGACUUCAAGAACCACCCAUGGUUUGAGGGCCUCGACUGGGAAACAAUACGAGACAGUCGUGCGCCUUACAUUCCAGAGGUCAGCAGUCCAACUGAUACCUCAAAUUUUGAUGUUGAUGACACUGACAUUCGAACUUCUGAUGCUGUACCUCCUACAUCAAAUGCUGUUUUUUCUGCCCUUCAUUUGCCAUUUGUUGGGUUUACAUUCACCCAGGGCUGCUCAGUUUCUGAUCUGGGUUGUAUACCAGCACAUGGAAUCACACCUUCAGAAAGACUUGAAGUUGAAAAACGAAUCUUAGAUUUGGAAGAAGAAAACUUAAGGCUUACAAAACUUCUGUCUGGCAAUGAGGAGGGAAGGUCAAGUGAUGCAGGAAGUGCAAUGAGAAAACUGCAAGAUGAAAUCAAUAUUUUGACAAAAAGGAACUGUGAGUUGGAAGAUAAAAUGAAAGAUCUUCAACAGUUAACAAAUCAGAGGAAAGACCUGGGCACUGAAAGUGAUGUGCAACAAAAAAUAAAAGACCUUGAAAAGAACGUCAGGAUCCUAAAACAGGAAAGAGACGAAGCUCAGAAGGAAAACCUUGAUGUCCAAGAGAAAAUUAAACUUCAAGAGAAGGAACUUAAAGAUGCUCUAAGCCAGCGGAAGUUAGCAAUGACAGAAUACACUGAAGUGACAGACAGGCUGUCAGAGCUGAGACAACAGAAGCAGAAACUUUCACGUCAGGUCCGGGAUAAGGAGGAAGAGCUGGAAGUAGCUAUGCAAAAAAUUGAUAGCCUUCGACAUGACAUUCGCAAAGCAGAAAAACUUAGAAGAGAGCUUGAAGCACGUGUAGAUGAAGCUAUGGCAGAGACAGCAAAAGAACGCAAACUUAGGGAAAGAAGCGAAGAAUAUUGUAAACAAAUGGAGGAAGAAAUUGAGAAGUUGCGACAGAGGAGUAUUAUAGUAGGAGCUGAUAUUUCUGUAGCUAGCCAGUCACAUGCAUCACAGGAAAUAGCAAGGUUAAAGUCUGAGGUAGAAAAGCUCCAAGUUCAGUAUAAUGAGAGCUUACAGCAGCAACAAUCAAGAUUUAAUUUGGAGUGCUCAAGCCUGAGAGAUCAAUUACAAGACUCAGAGAACAGGAGAGAGACUCUUGAAAGAGAGGUACAAGCUGUUAAGGAGAAAUUGGAUGCCACGAGACUUGAAGAUUUGACUGACAGUGAGGAGACAAUUGCAGAGCUCAAGAGGCGUCAUGAACGUGAAAGACUGAUGUUAUUGGAAGACAACAAGAAGUUGAUGAUGGACUUGGACACACUAACUGAGAGUGUAAGUCGAAUACAGAAUGAAAGAAGGCAACUUGAAGAAGAAUACGAAGAACUGAGAAGCAAGAAAGAUGCUAUUGCUCAAUGGGAAGCACAGAUUAGUGAAAUAAUCCAGUGGGUAAGUGAUGAAAAGGAUGCAAGGGGCUAUUUACAAGCAUUGGCAACAAAGAUGACUGAAGAGCUUGAGUUCCUCAAACAUGCUGGAGUGUCCAGUGCAGCCACUGCUGAUAAAAACUGGCGCAAUCGGCGAAGUCAAAAACUUGAUAAGAUGGAACUUCUUAAUCUUCAGAGCAGUUUACAAUCUGAAAUUCAGGCCAAACAGGCUAUUAGUGAAGAGUUAACAAAGACUCGAUCUGAGCUCAUUGCAGCUCAAAAGGAGUUGAGAGAUUUGCGUCAGAGGUAUGAUACGUUGUCUCAUGAGGUAAAGAGGAAAGAAAUUCAAAUCAAAGAACUUCAGUCAAGAUUAGAAUCUGGUGAACCAUUUUUGGAUCGUCCUUCAUCUCAGGUAUCAUACUUAGAUCGUUUCCUAAAAGAAACACACCAUGGGGGCUCAGUAGAGAGUGAAGAGGGGGAUGUGGAAGACAACAGAGCCCCGUCAGUAACUAGUAGUAAAUCCAACUUAUCAGAACUCAGUAUAGAUCCAAAUUCAUCUUUAGGACUCGACCUUCAUACAAAGCCAGGACUUCUUGCUCAUCAGUUACCACCCAAACCAAAAUCACAUCAGUUUCUUGUUAGAACAUUUUCUUCGCCUACAAAGUGCAGUCAUUGCACAUCAUUGAUGGUUGGUCUCACCAGGCAGGGUGUAGUGUGUGAAGUUUGUGGCUUUGCAUGCCACAUUGGAUGUUGUGAAAAGGUUCCAGCUAUCUGUCCAGUUCCUUCAGACCAGACAAAAAGACCUCUUGGCAUUGAUCCUACAAGAGGUAUAGGAACAGCCUAUGAAGGGUAUGUUAAAGUUCCCAAAACGGGAGGAGUGAAAAAGGGCUGGAUUCGUCAGUUUGUUGUGGUUUGUGAUUUCAAAUUGUUCCUCUAUGACAUAUCACCUGACAGAAAUGCUCUUCCCUCAGUUUAUGUUUCUCAGGUUUUAGAUAUGAGGGAUGAGGAAUUUUCUGUGAGUUCAGUCAGAGAUUCGGAUGUCAUUCAUGCAACGAAGAAAGACAUUCCUUGCAUUUUCAGGAUAACUACAUCACUUAUGGAGCCUCCAGGGUUGAAAAAUCAUACACUGAUGCUGGCAGAUACAGAGAGUGAAAAAACUAAAUGGGUUGUUGCUUUAAGUGAACUUCAUAGAAUACUGAAGCGGAACAAUUUACCCAACAGGACAGUUUUUCGAGCAAAGGAGCUGCUGGAUAAUACACUAGCUUUUAUAAAAAAUGCAAUGUCAGGGGCCAUUAUAGAUCCUGAUCGUCUAGUCAUUGGAACAGAGGAGGGUUUGUUCUGCUUGGAUCUUGAUCGAAGUGAAAUUGCUCGUGUUGGAGAAGGUAAAAAGGUGUAUCAGUUAGAAUAUAUAGUUGAGGAGCAAUUGUUAGUUGUUUUAUCUGGGAAACAGAGACAUCUACGCCUGAUUCCAGUGCGGGCACUGGAUGGUGAUGAUGUAGAAUGGAUUAAAGUAGCUGAAACAAAGGGGUGUAUCACCUUUGCAACAGGGGUAAUGAGACGUGCACCUCAACUUGGCUACUGCCUUUGUGUUGCCAUAAAAAGACAGAAUACAUCUCAGCUAAUUAUAUAUGAAGUAACACGUACGAAGACACGGCAUAAACGUCUGAGAGAAAUAAUGUUACCAACUCAAGCACAGACUCUCAAUAUUUUUAGUGAAGGCAGGCUCUGUGUUGGAUAUCAGUCUGGGUUUAGCAUAUACAGUAUUACUGGUGAUCAAAAUGCCUUAUCCUUGGUGCAUCCUGACAAUCAGCUACUUGGUUUCUUAGCAUACAGUGCUGUAGAUGCAAUGCGUGCAAUAGAAUUGUCAAGGGGAGAGUUCCUCCUUGUGUUUCAAACAUUAGGGGUGUAUGUUGAUGCACAAGGCAGAAAAUCUCGUGAUCGUGAAAUCAUGUAUCCUGCCAUUCCUACUGCUGUUAGUUAUUGUGAUGGACAUCUCUUGGUAUAUAGUGAAACUCAUGUAGAUGUUUUCAACUGUGCAACUGGAGAAUGGGUACAAACAAUAAAUGUAAAGAAAUCAAGACCACUAAAUGUUACAGGAACCCUUAGUAUUUGUGUUAUAAAUGACAUGCCACACAUAAUCUACCUGAGUAAUGUUCAUCAACGUGAGUUAAUAAACGUUACUCAGUGUGAUGCUUCUGGCCGCCCAGUCCCAAGACCAAGGCGUAGGUUUUCAUUAAGAGAAGGUCACAGGGCUGCAAGAACGACAGACAGGCGCUCUAAAAUGAUAUCAGCUCCAACAAACUUCAAUCAUAUAAGUCACAUGGGCCCGGGUGAUGGAAUUCAAAUUCAGAGGUUGUUGGACCUACCUACAACGCUGGAAACUGCAGAUCAGACUCUGGCAAGUCCACAGCAACUUCAGGGAAGUCAGCAGAGGCUGUUCCAUUCAGGAGCAAAGCUGGCACAUGCUCCACCCAGACAUCCUUCUCAUUCAGAGCAGCGACGUAUUUCAGGGCAUACACAGCGUCCAGCUCAAACAUAUUCAGGUCAUAACGGUUCUACAUCGUCACGUCGUUCAGCUGCUCCACCUAGGCCUGCUGUUACACCACCCUCAUUGCCAAGAUCUCCGGAUGGUCCACCAAUGGAUUCAGAGUCUUCCCUUCUGCAUCAUCAUGCAUCACUGGCAUUGGGUAGCGUACCUUCUCUACAUGAAGUGGGCAAGGACCAGACUGUAAGUGGUGGCAGUCCACGACAUUCAAUAGCUUCCAACAAUAGCAGCAAUCCAAGUACACCACCAAGUCCUGGCCAUGACCACGGGUCUUCGAGCUAUGACAGCUAGUUUAAUUUAUUGGUCUGUACAUAAACUGUUGGGAAACAAUCUCGCAUCAAUGAUAUCUGAUGCUAUUAAGCUGUGUGUUAUUUUCAUUAACAUUUUGGCAAAAAGGAUAGGCAUACAGAUGGUAUAAUACAGAACGCAUUUGUCAGUACUUGUGUAACGUAAGUAAAACAUAUUAUUUUACAUUUAGUCAUUUACUUUUCCUUCAUAAUAUCACUAAUUUAAUUUUGUUUGUUUUUCUCAUUCCCAAGACUUUUUUGAGUAAGCAUAAAUACAUAAUGUAUAUGUGCAACAGCAUGGCCUUUAUUUUUCAUCAAUGUGUGUUAGGUCUUUUGCUAAUUUUUAGGUGAAAGAAGUUCAUAAAUUUGAAAAUCUGGUAUGUAAUCAUUAAUUUUCUUUCAUUUUGCGUUAUAUGCAGUUGUUAUUUACACCCUGGAGGUAAAGAACAGUUUUGUAUAGAGGAUGAUAAUCAUUGUAAGUUAAAUUUGUUGCAUCUCUCAGUAUUUUUAAAUUGUUCUAUUAUUACAUUAUCUUUUCUUUGUGAUGCUGCAAAUUCUGGUUCUUACAUUAAAAUCAGAAUAUUUUGUACAUAAGUUACUUAUGUUGAAGUGGGUCGAGUCUUGAAGAGUCAUGCGGAAAUCUGCAAAGUCAAAUUUUAUUUCAAGUUUAGUUUACUGGUAUAUAAUGUAGUACAAUUUUAAUGGAAAAUUUCCAUUGUAAAAAUUUGGAACAAAGUUGCCAAGCACAUUUUGUUUCCUUUUUGGUUUUGUUUAUAUAUGUAAGUGUUUGCAUUCUGUAUUGAGAUAUGAGGGACUUCCAAAUACAAUUUGUGAUUAUUUUUAGUGAGACUACAAAAAUUGACUUUACAUAUGUGGAAAAUGUAUAUUAUAUUUAUUAACAUUGUCGGUAGUAAAGGACUAGGUGGCCCUACCUCAUUUGGUACAUAGCUGUGGUAGGAGGAUUGUGCGUGUAUGUGUGUGCGUGUGUCUUCGGAAUGAAUUAGUGAUGUUAAGAGUGCACUAAAAUGAGUGGAGUAUGGGCCCUUUUGUAAAAUAGCAUUUCAUUACAGCUGUGUAUAUGUUUUCUGUUCAUUUUUUAAGAAUAUGAUUAUAGUUUUAUUUUAUCAGGGAAUGCUAACAAUAAUGGUGAAAUAAUCCAAUGCCUAACUGUACAAAUUUUUAAGCAGUAUGUUUUGUAAUUCAGUCAUAUUCUGCAACUUCAAAUUUUAUAUUUAAAUAUAUUUAUUAUCAUUGUGUAAUCCUUCUGAAACAAUUCUCAUUGAUUUAAAUAAUCCAAAUAUUUAUAUUACAUUAGAUAUUUUCAUUUGUGUACAGGAAAUGUGCUGCAAGGUUCCUUAAAAUUAUUGUACAGCUAAAAACUGACUGAAGGGGAAUAUAUACCGCAGCAAAAAUAAUUGAUUACUUAUUGUAUUGGUGCUGAACUUUUACACAAGUAGAUUGUCCUGCGCUGUAAAGUGUGCUACAAUAAUGAAAUGCCUAGAUAUUGUUUUUUCACAAUCUUAUGUAAAGUUUAAGGGAUAAGUGGAAAUUCAUCAGAGUGCUAACUUACUUCUUUGCUACUCAAUUGCAUUGUCUGAAACUGUUUAAAAAUUCAGUACCAUUGAUCAUGGUGUGUUGGGUGAUAAGUGCCUAUAGAUAGAUAGCAUCUUUUUUUUUAUCUUUCCCAUGAGCUCACAUCUCU